CUUAUACACAAAACCCUAAACUCUCUUAAGCUGCCGCAGCUGAGAUCAUACACUCUGUAACAGAGAAAUGGGUGAGGAAGCUAAGGCUUUGGUUCCUGAGUCAUUGUUGAAGAAGAACAGGAGGAAUGAAGAAUGGGAGCUUGCCAAAAAGCAGGAGAAUGAAGCUGCUAAGAAGAAGAAAGCUGAGUAUCGGAAGCUGAUUUUCAACAGGGCUAAGCAAUAUGCAAAGGAGUAUGAGGCUCAGGAAAAAGAGUUGAUUCAGUUGAAGAGGGAGGCAAAAUUGAAAGGAGGAUUCUAUGUUGAUCCAGAAGCUAAGCUUUUGUUUAUUAUUCGAAUCCGUGGUAUCAAUGCCAUGCACCCGAGGACACGAAAGAUCUUGCAGCUCUUACGUUUGAGACAGAUUUUCAAUGGUGUUUUUCUUAAAGUUAACAAGGCAACGGUGAACAUGCUUCACUUGGUUGAACCUUACGUGACUUACGGAUACCCGAACCUCAAGAGUGUUAGGGAAUUGAUUUACAAAAGAGGCUAUGGGAAGUUGAACAAGCAGCGAAUUGCUUUGACCGACAAUGAAAUUGUUGAGCAGGCUCUCGGCAAGUUCGGUAUCAUCUGUGUCGAAGAUCUCAUCCACGAGAUAAUGACUGUGGGACCUCAUUUUAAGGAGGCCAACAACUUCCUUUGGCCCUUUCAGCUCAAGGCACCUUUGGGUGGUCUAAAGAAGAAGAGGAACCACUAUGUCGAAGGAGGAGAUGCCGGCAACCGCGAGAAUUACAUCAAUGAAUUAAUUAGGAGAAUGAAUUAAAAAAUGAACUUGGGUAUUAUAUUUCUUUUUGCUUUAAUUGGAUCUGAUCUAAAUUUCUGUUGGAAGUUAAGAGUUUUGUUUAAGACAACAUGGAUAUUGCUUUGUGCUGCCUUUGUUCUACAUUUUGUGACUGGGCUUUC